ACUGAAAUGCUUCCGCCACGUCAAAGGAAUCCCUUUUGAGAGGCUUGAAAUGACGCCUCUGUCAUCAUCAAUUGAAAAUGUCCAUAUAUCCAUAUCCCUUUUUGGUAUCCGGGAACCCGAAACACAACCUCAAAGUACAAUCAAUACUAGCUUGAUUGUGAGGAUUUGGCAUUCAACCAAUAGGUUCCUUCAAGCUAUACUACAUUCAACUUGGAGCCGUAUUAACCUUGAUUUCAUUUCCGCCGAGACAAUAUCUUACAAGCCUUGAAGAAAAAACCCAUUCUACAACGAAACUUCGAAAGGGAUGAGUGGGAUGGGAUGACAUUGAUCAUGUCAAUGUCUAGGUGUUUUUUGCAAUGUCACCCUGCACGGUUUAUCUCAGCUGGCCUUUAGAAUGAUGAUCAUCACUGUAGCUGGCCAAAGUUAUUGGCAUGGCUUUCCAAGCAAGCGCUGGAUGUGGAUUGAAUGCAAUUCUACUUUGUACAUAUAAAUUGCUUUUCUCACUCACAAUGGCAGGAGGGUAAUUUUUUGGUCAAUUGAUUCCCGGUUCUCCAUCAUGCUGUCUAUAAUCAUUCAUCUGCUAUUCACAAUAGCUUCUGCUGCUGUUCUCUCGGACAGACAGACGUUAACAGGUAGUGAUGUUUGUCAGCAAAUAAGCGGAAACAUUACCGGCGAGGUCUACUUCCCCUUGAGUUUGGAACUCAAUUUUAAGAAAGAUAUUGAGCAUUAUAUGUCAUCCAGUACACAGAUACCAAUGUGCGUUGUUGAAGUUGCUAGCGAUGCAGAUGUUUCUACCGUCAUUAAGAUCAUAGGAUCUAGAAGAAUUCCCUGGGGAGUGAAAUCCGGUGGACAUGCGUCGAAUCCUGGAUUCUCUAGUACUCCUGGAGUCUUUAUCUCUCUAGCGAGACUGACUCAAAUUACACUUUCUGAGGACCAAAGUACAGUUGAGUUAGGUACCGGAAACCAUUGGACUGAUGUUUACACGGUCCUCGAAGGAACGAGUGUUAACGUUGUUGGGGGACGUGUCGUUGGUCCUGGUGUCGGUGGCUUCAGUCUUGGAGGGGGUUAUUCCUGGUUGACAGAUCAAUACGGUUUGACUUGCGACACGAUCAUCUCCUAUAAUCUUGUUCUUCCUAAUGGUACCAUAACCAAAGUUGAUUCUUCGAAUCCUGAUCUCUUCUUCGCCCUCAAAGGUGGUUUAAAUCGAUUCGGCAUCGUCACGAGUUUUGUUUUUAAAACAGUUCCACAACAGAACAUGGUAUAUGGCGGAAUUCAGAUAUAUGGGAUUGAUGCAAUUCCUGGUCUUAUCAAUGCCACGAAUACUUUUCAACAAGAGAAUACAGAUGACAAAGCCCAGGUAAUUCUCACCAUUAAUGGUGGUUUGGUCCCGAAUGCCAUCCUUAUUUCAUUCUACGAUGGUCCAACUCGACCUGCAGCGUUCGAUCCUUUCAACAAUGUUGGCGCCAUUCCACUGAUAUCUAAUGUCGAACCUCAAUCUUUCGCAUCAUUUGCUAAAGCCACUCCGUCCCCUCUCCAAGCCGGAUAUAGAGGAGCCUUUCAUACCAUGAUGACCACCAGUCUUACAGUCGGUUUCAUGCAAGCAGUCUAUAAUGAAUCUAGGUUUUACGGAGCUCUCGCUAUCCUUCAUAGUGGAACGUUCAUCUCUUACGACAUUGAGCCUUUUACCGACUACGGCAAAUACGCCACCGAUUCUGCGUUUCCUCACGACAGCUCCCCACUGCCAUUAAAUCUCUAUUUUGCUUGGACUCUGGUGACCGAAGAUGCAUUCUGGAGAGGGGUUAUGCAACAGAGCAUAGAUCAUCUAACUGAGGUUGCUAAGAGGGAGGGCAUUUAUUCCGAAGAUCAAUAUGCAUAUCCGAACUACGCUUUGAGCACUUAUGGCGGUGCUCAGCUUUAUGGACCAACGAAUGCAGCGAGAUUAAGAGCAAUUCAGACAAAGUAUGAUCCAAAUGGAGUCAUGCUUCUUGCUGGUGGGUUUAAUUUCUAGGCGUAUAUGAUGUUUGUCAAUAAUAGUGAAGGAAGUUUGUAAGUAAUUUUUAUUGGAUUAAUAGCAUGAAGUUGG